AUGAGCCCUCACGAGUCUAGCAAGUUUACCCAGGCAAUCAUGAGUAUUCUGGAUACUUUCCCCAAGGGUACUGAAGGGGCUGGUGGAGUUGGUGGUAGCAGGGGCGGGGACGAUGCGUUCAGCGCAACUCAGUCUGGAGGUUUUGGUUUCGGAUUAGGCAAGGAUCGAUCACGGGGAACAGGAUUUAGUCCCUUCAGAUCUGGAGCUGGGCAAGACUCCCUCCGCAACGUUGUCGGCUUUAGCGGCAGGUCGCAGUCAGCAGACGAGCUGAUAGAGGAGUAUGAGAUCUUGGCGGAGCAGAUCAAUGUGAUCCAGACCGAUGUGGAGCUAGUGGAAUGGGCCAAGGAGCAUGUCUUCAAAGCGCAGGCUGUGCCAGAGCCCCAAAUCGCCUCAGAAAGCUCGAAAUUACUGGGCGAAGCCACAGGCGAGAUUGAAGCUACUGCCUCCGCCACACAUGACCUACCACCUCUCCUCCAAUUCUCCCCCGUGUAUCCCAAGAUCCUCGCUCGGACGCUCGAAGUUCUUCGGAAGAAUUUCAACUCCCCACACCUUCUCCUCGCUCUCUUCCACCACGCCCAGACCUCUUCCCUUGAGUCAUACCUCUCUGGAUGCGGAACUGCAGCCUAUAAUCAAGUCUUGCUGUGCAGAUGGGAAAGUUUCAGGGACUUGGAAGGAGUGAUGAGAGGAGUCCGGGAGAUGGGGAUGAUGGGUGUCAAGUGGGACCGAGAAACCAACAGGCUUGUUGGGCGUGUGGUUGAUGAAGUCGGUAGAGAUAUGUUGGAAGAGGGGCAGGGGAGCAGGUGGGGCAAGAAGGAGGAUGUGUUGAUCAUGUUGCAACAGUUGGAAGAAAGAGUAGAGAAAAAUGUCCUGGACGAAGAGAAGAGGAGGGAUUACGAGGUGAAGAUGAAGAGGAAGGACAGGGAAAGGAAAGAAGCUGAGGCCACGAGAGAGGCUACGAGGCAGGCGAGGGAGGAGACGGAUGUAUGGGUAUAA